UCUAUUGCAGCGGGGCUCGAUUGACGCUGCCUGCUUGAGCUGCUAUCGCUGCUGCCACUGGCGCGGCGGCUGCUACUGCUGCUUGCUGCUGUCGCUGCUGUUGAGAAUCACAAGGCGGUGUGCGGAAAGCAGCCGAUUCGGUCUUCACUCGUUGCGAGACACACGGACGGGGAGCUGAGAGGAGAGCGAGCCAAGCACACAGCAUAGUCCAAGUUCCGCAUCAAGGCAUGGCUUCGGGAGACCUUUACGAGGUAGAAAAAAUAGUUGACAGACGAAAGAAUAAAAAGGGAAAAUGGGAAUAUCUAAUUCGAUGGAAGGGUUAUGGCAGCAAUGAAGAUACGUGGGAGCCGGAAAAUCAUCUCCUUCAUUGUGAAGAGUUUAUUGAUGAAUUUAAUGGACUACAGUUUCACAAAGACAAACGUUCCAAACCAGGAAAGCAUGGUGGAGCACCUCGUUUUCUGAGGCGAGGCAUAUCUUCAGAUGGUAUUCGGGGAAAAGUUGCAGCCCAGAGGAAAAGAAGAAGUAACUCAAAUGGUUCUCAGAAACAACGAAAAGCCUGUGCUGGUAAACAUCAAGGUGAUAGGGCUACAAAGACUGUUACAUACAGGACAACACCAAGUGGGUUACAAAUCAUGCCAAUGAGAAAACCACACAAUGGAGUACAAAAUGGAGACAGCAACUUGCAUUAUGGAAAUGCAGACCACUCACAUAAUGAUGAAACAGAAAAUGAAAUGCCAGAUGAUCUAGACAUCAAUGAUUCUCCCUUGAUGAAUGGAAUUGGGCCUGCUCUGUCAAAUGGUGGAAUUAAUUUGCACAGUUCAGUAAAAAGAAAACUAGUGGAAGAUAAAGACUAUGUGUUUGACAAAAGGCUAAGAUACAAUGUUCGACAAAAUGAAGGGAACUGUCGAUUCAGGGACAUUGUGGUUAGGAAAGAAGACGGUUUCACACAUAUAUUGCUAUCAAGCCAAACAUCUGACAACAAUGCAUUGACUCCAGAGAUUAUGAAAGAAGUACAGCGAGCUUUGUGUAAUGCGUCAGCAGAUGACAGCAAGUUGCUCCUUCUCAGUGCAGUUGGCAGUGUUUUCUGCAGUGGUCUGGAUUACUCUUACCUUAUUGGCAGAUUAUCAAGUGACAGGAGGAAAGAGAGUGCAAGGAUUUCAGAGGCUAUAAGGGAAUUCGUGAAAGCUUUUAUUCAGUUCAAGAAGCCUAUUGUAGUAGCAAUUAAUGGACCAGCACUGGGAUUAGGAGCUUCUAUCCUUCCUCUCUGUGAUAUAGUAUGGGCCAGUGAGAAGGCCUGGUUUCAGACCCCCUGUGCCACAAUCAGGUUGACUCCAGCGGGCUGCUCAUCUUACACAUUCCCUCAGAUAUUAGGAGUCGCUUUGGCGAAUGAAAUGUUGUUCUGUGGAAGAAAGCUAACAGCACAAGAGGCUUGUAGCAGAGGUCUGGUAUCACAAGUGUUCUGGCCUACAACUUUCAGUCAAGAAGUUAUGCUGCGAGUGAAGGAAAUGGCUGCCUGCAGCGCAUUGGUACUGGAAGAAUCCAAAUGCCUUGUACGGAGUUUCUUGAAAUCCGUGCUGGAAGAAGUAAAUGACAAAGAGUGCCAGAUGUUGAAACAGCUGUGGGGCUCCUCCAAGGGACUGGAUACUCUCUUCAGUUAUUUACAGGACAAAAUCUACGAAGUGUGAAUUCAUCAGCCAUCAUAAAAGAAGAAAAAGGUUUAUUUAUUAAUUUAUUAUUUUUUUAAUUGGCACUUAAGACUUCAAAGGAAAACAAAGGUCAUGUUCCUUGAAGGUGUUUCCUCCUGCAGUUAUCCAAUACAAAGGUGUCUGUGGAGCUGCCAGACCAGUAUGGGCUAAAUGAAAAGACUCUACAAAGGGAUCAUCAAAUGCAAGCAGCAUAAAAGUCUGAAAGAUGAGUGGUCCUUUGGUCUUUUGUAUUAUUGCCAAUGAUUUCCAAGAUCUGCCGCAAAAUCCCACGUCUGAAGCCAACAUGAGUGGGAAAACUGGCAAAACUCCUUUUAAAAUAGUACUGGCAUAUUUCACUUUAACUUAGCUGUAAAUUUGUUAUACAAAACUGUAAUCAUUAGACAUUUUGUAAAAUAUCUUCCUCAAUGUGUUUGUUAAUAUCUAAUAGGAGUAGACUUUUUCCAUCAGGUUGGAUCAUUGUGGUAUGGAGGAAUGAUUGGUUAUGGAAAACCAACAGAUUGCACGAUAACAUCCCAGGAGAUACCUCAUCUUGAGAACACAUUCCUGAGUGCUGAGUACUUCAGCAGUGAGGGUAUAUUUGAAUAAUGUGGGCUCAGUGUAAAAACUAAAGAUGUAAUUCAUUUAUUAAUUAUAUACUGGUGUAAUUUCUACUACCCAUUUAUUUAUUUUCACUUUUAUUUGUUUAUUUUUCCAUCAAGGUGUGCCUGAUCUGAUAAACAGUAUUUAUUUUUGUAUAUAGGGAUGUAUGGGUAUGCGUUGUUCAAAAAAGAAGCUUUACACAAAAUCUGAAAGUGAAAUUAUAUUUUCUCUGCCAUAGUAAAUGAUUCCCUCUUAAAACCUGUCUUGAAUAAAGACUCGAUUACCACCAGUUAUUUUUAUUCAAAUGUUUUCCUAUUAAAUUUGUAUUUCAUAUACAGUAUAUACAUUUUGGCACUUCAGAAGCUGGCAGUGGCAUGCUGGCUGAAACAUAGAUAGUGUUCACUGUAUUAUAUGAAUACUAGUGAUCUAAAAGUGAAAAGAGAUUAAGAAAAUGGUCUCUUGAACUUGCACGGAUUGUGUAAGGAUUCUGAUACAGAUGACAGGCAUUCUCAUAGUUAAUAAUGACUUCAGAGGGUGUUUGGAUAGCUGAUGUUUCACAAACCAAAAUGACUUUGGCUUUCAGGUAACUUUACAAAUGGAUGAAAAUAAAGGAAAUUAUCACUGAAUCUGUGCUGGUACACAGAGUUUAUGCCUAUGGUUAUAUCCGUUAGAAGCUUAGAAAGAGGCUAGGUGUGCAACUUGAUGGACUGUUCAGUACUGGCAGCCAGGGAUAGCCCUCUACUAUAGUUCAUUACGUCACUUACAAAUAAACAGGGUAUGUGGAGGGGGGCACUGGUUUUGAAUGCAGUCAUUCUCGUAAUGUACUCAUGAAUGUCAGUAACUCCAUAUUAUUCAAAAUGAAAAAGACCAUUGCCUUAGAAAUAUAAAUGUGGUUUAAUUAUAAACAAAAAAAAAAAAACACAGAAAUGUAUACACAAGGACCAGGAAACACAUAAUGGAUGUUCCUACUUGGCAAGUGCGCUGACUGUGACAGUGAGAUCGGUCUUUGCAUGGAGGAAAACAUAUCCAGAAUUGAAUAUUAAACUGCAGACUGUUGUAUCUGUCACAUAUAAAACACAUUUAGUACAGCAUGGUCUUUGAAUAAUGGUGGACUCUUGUGGAAGACUCUUUUUUUUUUUAAGUGUUCAGUUCUUUUUUAAUUACCCGAUACUUUUUUGUGAUGAACUGUUUAUUAAAUAUUUGUUAAACAUAAAUAAUUCAACCAUAAACGGAAUCUUCCUUACAAAAAUUUGAAACAUAGCAUUGGGUAGUGACAGCCAAGCACUUUAAAGAAGCAGGCCAUACAUAUUUAGCUACUAACAAUGCUGAAAGUGCUUUUGCCAAACUUAACUCCGUUAUGUUAAAUACUUUUAUUUUAGUAGCUGUUGGAUAACAUGGACAUGGCUUAUUUUUUUUACUAGAUGAGCCCAUUGCCAAGAGGAAUAAUUAACUGAACAAAAUGGAUAUUUGUGUAUUGCCAGUAUAGCUUGCCAAUUCAUCUAAGCUUAAAAUCAGAUUAUUUUCUUGCACAUAGUAGAUAAAAAAAGUACUUAUCGUUAUCAUUAGAAUCAAUAACAAUGAUCCAAAAUACUUAGGAGUCUUUGUUGUUUACAUUUACAUGAAUUGAACCCUAAAUUUUAAGAAAUGCACUAAAACUUUGUGGCCAGUUACUUUCAUUAUCUUUUAUGAUAUCCCUUAAAUUCAGUGUUCUCUUGAAAUAGCAUCUCUAUUAUUUGUACACCCAUUCAUCAAUCCAUUUUCCACACAUAUUGAAUAAGUGGAUUUAAAAAAUGGAUGUACUGAGUGAUGAAUCUUUUACAGUUUAAUUCUUAAAUAUAAGAGAAAAUUAUUACCUUGAGAUUUUCAUUUGUUUCUUUUUCAUGAGAUGAACAAUAUGCAGUGCAAUCUAAAGAGUGCUGACUUUACUAUGUUUUACACAAGUUGCUAGUAGAAUUCUUAAGGCUGUUUUAUCAGUUAGCCAAAAUAACAAUCACCACAUUGGUAGGAAACUGUCCUGACUAAUAUAUUCAAAAUAUACUGUGUAUGUUCCAUUCCCUCUGCCAAAAGAAAUCUGACUAUGGCACAUUCUUUAACAAUGGUGUGCAUGUUCAUUUGACUUUGGCUUCGACUAGACUAACAGCAGAGCGCUGUGCUGUGUGUUUGAAUGACCCGUUAGCCAUCACGAAUGUGUUGUGCCGUAUCUGCUUCUAUCCAUUGCGGUUACCGCAUAAUAUUCAAACUGCCGUUUUUUUUUUUAUUUACUCUCAUGUAUACACAAGGGUUAACCAAAAAGUAAAGGCAUUAUAUGAUUUGUUUUUUUCUUGAAUUUUGAAGCUGCAAUAAAUAUAGUAGUGUUUUUUUUUUGUUUGUUUCAUAAACAAAAAACUGAUUUGUAAGGAUUCAGUCCUAUAUAGGGGUCAAGCAUCACAUAAUAUCAUUAAUGCACAUCCUGGCUUUGUUAACCGGUAGUUGAAAUAAUGCAUGCUCACUUCUUCAGUUUUCCAGUAAAUUCUUUAAUGAAAGCUUUUUAUAUAAAGGAACUUUGCCGUCACCAAGGAGCUAGGUAUACAAGAAGCUAGAAACUCAUACAGCCAGCAAAAAUAGUGUGCUGAUGAAAAAAAGUUUCAUGCGUAUGCUCAUUUUGCCCUGAUAUAAAGGAGAAUGACUCCUGAAUGCUUCACAACCAAAUUAUAAUUUCACAUCCUGCUUGCAUGUCCGAGAUCUGAAUGGGAUAAAAUGUUGUUCUAUGAAUUACUAAUACAAUAAAACAAAUUCUCUGCCUAAAAUUUCACAUGUGGAGCUUAGACAUAUUUGCCUGAACAUUCAUUACUGAUAGUUACUUCCAUCGUCUUCUAAAGCCAGCUUCUUGAGUCACCCUUCACAGUGGUAGAAGUUCGAUUACACAGCUCAACUACAUUUAAAAUCUUAUGUCUUCUGUGUAUCAACUGAAGCAUCUCAACGUACCAGUUUGGACAAUGAAAUAUUUUAUUACUUACCAGCUGAGUUCUAGUUUUCUUCCCACAGAAAACACUAACAGGCUUCAAUAUAUGCUAGCAGUUUUUAUGAUGCCGGGGCAUUAGAGAAACGAAGGAUGAAGGAAUAUCCAUCUCAAUCAAUCAAACUCAUUCAAUUCUGACAAAAUUCAGUGGGGAAACGCCAUUCUUGUCUACUGACUUAUUAGUCCAUAAUCAUAAGAGGGGCAUUCAUCACUCAAAAUAGAUGUGAUUAAAUGCAAAAAACAAUAUAAAAGCAUACCAUCUCCUACAAAAUUGUAAUAUUUUCUGAAGGAAAUUUUUUCCAAGCCAGCCCUUUCCUUAAAAAUUACUGCUAAAAUUAUCAUGUCUGGAGUUUAUUGGGUUUGUGUUAAUCAAUAAAAAGCAUCCAGUGUUUUAUAAAUAGUGAAUUAAAAACAGAAAUAGUUGAUAUCAUAGACAACUAGUCCUAAACUUAAAGCUAAAAUAUAAUGACUAGAAAUGAGCCAACCCUGCUGAACUCAUUCCGCCCUGAGUUCGUCAGAAUGGUGAAAAUAUUCAGGAACUUUCCUGAACCCGAUGAAAUGCAAAUUGAAGUAAAUGGGACAGGAGAAAUCAAACUAAUUGUCAGUGGAUUAUAAUGGUGCAGUGGUUUUUUCAGUGGCCCUGAUGCCUAGAGAACCAUUCGCCAACUAUGCUGGAUUGAAUAUUCUGGCCAGUAAUGUGACUUGAGCUGUGAGGAAGCAGUUCUCACCACUGUGCCACCAUGCCUCCCAGAUAUAUACAGUUAGGUCCAUAAAUAUUUGGACAGAGACAACUUUUUUCUAAUUUUGGUUCUGUACAUUACCACAAUGAAUUUUAAAUGAAACAACUCAGAUGCAGUUGAAGUGUAGACUUUCAGCUUUAAUUCAGUGGGUUGAACAAAACGAUUGCAUAAAAAUGUGAGGCAACUAAAGCAUUUUUUACCACAACCCCUUCAUUUCAGGGGCUCAAAAGUAAUUGGACAAAUUAAAUAACUGGAAAUAAAAUGUUCAUUUCUAAUACUUGGUUGAAAGCCCUUUGCUGGCAAUGACAGCCUGAAGUCUUGAACUCAUGGACAUCACCAGAUGCUGGGUUUCCUCCUUUUUAAUGCUCUGCCAGGCCUUUACUGCAGCGGCUUUCAGUUGCUAUUUGUUUGUGGGCCUUUCUGUCUGAAGUUUAGUCUUCAACAAGUGAAAUACAUGCUCAAUUGGGUUAAGAUCAGGUGACUGACUUGGCCAUUCAAGAAUUUUCCACUUCUUUGCUUUAAUAAACUCCUGGGUUGCUUUGGCUGUAUGUUUUGGGUCAUGGUCCAUCUGUAUCAUGAAACGUAUUGCACUGCAUUUAGCUGGAUUUGAGCAGACAGUAUGUCUUUGAACACCUCAGAAUUCAUUCGGCUGCUUCUGUCCUGUGUCACAUCAUCAAUAAACACUAGUGUCCCGGUGCCACUGGCAGUCAUGCACGCCCAAGCCAUCACACUGCCUCCACCGUGUUUUACAGAUGAUGUGGUAUGCUUUGGAUAAUGAGCUGUUCCACUCCUUCUCCAUACUUCUUUCUUGCCAUCAUUCUGGUAGAGGUUGAUCUUGGUUUCAUCUGUCCAAAGAAUGUUUCUCCAGAACUGUGCUGGCUUUUUUAGAUGUUCUUUAGCAAAGUCCAAUCUAGCCUUUCUAUUCUUGAGGCUUAUGAGUGGUUUGCACCUUGCAGUGCACCCUCUGUAUUUACUUUCAUGCAGUCUUCUCUUUAUGGUAGACUUGGAUAUCAAUACGCCUACCCCCUGGAGAGUGUUGUUCACUUGGUUGGCUGUUGUGAAGGGGUUUCUCUUCACCAUGGAAAUGAUUCUGCGAUCAUCCACCACUGUUGUCUUCCGUGGACGACCAGGUCUUUUUGCGUUGCUGAGUUCACCAGUCCUUGCUUUCUUUCUCAGGAUGUACCAAACUGUAGAUUUUGCCACUCGUAAUAUUGUAGCAGUUUCUCAGGUGGGUUUUUGUCUGUUUUCGCAGCUUAAGGAUGGCUUCUUUUACCUGCAUGGAGAACUCCUUUGACCGCAUGUUGCCUGUUCACAGCAAAAUCUUCCACAUGCAAGCACCACACCUCAAAUCAACUCCAGGCCUUUUAUCUGCUUAAUUAAUAAUGACGUAACGACGGACUUGCCCACACCUGCCCAUGAAAUAGCCUUUGAAAAGUCAAUUGUCCAAUUACUUUUGAGCCCCUGGAAUGAAGGGAUUGUGUUAAAAAAAUGCUUUAGUUGCCUCACAUUUUUAUGCAAUCGUUUUGU